AUGACUUCGUUGCUCUCCAAGAACAAGUGGCGCAAGACUAGCAAAGGGAAGGAUGUAUCGGUUCCACCGAUCCAGAGAGAGAUUGUGCCAGGAGAUCCGGUCACGCUGGCGAUUGUUGGUUGUGGCCAGCGAGGAACGAACUAUGCAGAGUAUGCGUUGCGUUGCCCAGACCAAUGCAAGGUUGUGGCGAUUGCUGAACCUCGGGCUCCCCCACGGAAACGAUUCGUACAGCAACACAAGAUAGACCAAACCCUUGUCUUUAGGUCUUGGGAGGACCUGUUGACCGCGUCAGAGGAAACCAUAAAUACCAUUGGGAUCAGACUCGCCGAUGCUAUCGUCGUCGCUGUUCAAGACAGCCUUCAUCUGAAAGUCGCCACCGCGUUUGCAAGGCAGGGCUAUCAUAUCCUCUGCGAGAAACCUAUGGCGACUACCCUAGAGGAAUGUAUUGCCAUGGAACAUGAAAUCAAGAAGGCCAACGUCAUCUUUGGGAUGGGGCAUGUUCUGAGGUAUUCCCCCUACACGAAGGCAAUAACAGAGAUCAUACGCUCAGGGUCUCUCGGGAGGCUCAUCAAUAUUGUUCAUGUUGAACCCGUUGGGUACUUCCAUUUCGCACAUUCCUAUGUGAGAGGAAACUGGCGGAAAGAGCAGGAGAGUUGUUUCUCACUCAUGACCAAGUCUUGCCAUGAUAUAGAUAUACUUUGCCAUUGGCUUUCACCAGCGAUUCCUGUCCGUGUCUCCAGUUUCGGGUCUCUGCAGCACUUCACGAAGGCAUCGAAGCCAGAAGGAGCGGGAGAAGUGACGAAAUGCUUAGACUGCCCAGUCGAGAAAGACUGUGCUUAUAGUGCAAAGAAGAUUUACCUGGACCGUGUGUCUCGGGGUCAGAAGGGUUGGCCGGUCUCCACCCUGGUCGAUGAUGUUCCGGACAUUGAAAGCAUCAAAGUCGCCUUGAAAGUGGGACCCUAUGGACGAUGCGUUUAUGAGUGCGACAAUGAUGUUUGCGAUCAUCAAGUCGUCCAACUAGAAUAUUCCAACGGCAGCACAGCGUCCUUUACCAUGGUGGCAUUUACUUCCGCAAUCUGCGACCGACAAACACGCUUACACUUCGCGCAUGGGGAAAUUGUGGGCGAUAUGAACACGUUCACCGUCUCAGAUUUCCGAAAGGGUACCAAAGAAGUCCAUCAUCCAAGAAAUGAAGGUGGGGGGCACGGUGGAGGAGACCUUGGCCUCAUCAGCGCCUUUGUGGAGGCCGUUCGAACCGGCAAGCAAGAAGUCUUGGGAACCACAGUCGAGGACGUUUUCAGGAGCCACCUGACGGUGUUCGCUGCAGAACGGAGUCGGAAAGAAGGAAGAGUUGUCGAUUGUGCACAGUUGGAGAAAGAGGCCAGGGAACUGGUUGUAGCGGUCACCGCUGGUUCUUGA